UGGUGAAAGCUCAGAGCCGCCAAGAAUCCAGUCCAGUCUUGCAACCAUUAAGAUGGCACCAGUAAAGAGAGUAAAGCGGCGGUCGAAAGUUAGAAUUGCUCCGUGGUUUCCUCGGAGGUUUAAUCCCGAGGGUUCUUCACCCGUAGCUGUUCUUUCGAGGAGCGUCCCACAAGAAGCCCCGCCGCCUCCGUCAGUGCAACCCGAUGUUGAAGCAUUAGCAGAACGGUUCAGCAGAGUGUUUGGAAGUCCAGAUGUAAGGGAGGUGAUCCCUCAGGAGUGGAGAUGGGGAAGCCCGGCAAGCCUUCCUAUGACUCCAACUGCAUCCACCCCUCAAGCAGCCACGCCGUCGCCCUUAUGGGAUACCCCCAUACUGUCUUCGCCUGAUCCGGAGUUGGUGGCUGUAUGCAACCGGGCCUUGGACUGUGAGACCACGGCGAACCGUUUGGCCAGUUUGGACUUGGGAAUAACUCCGCUGCCUGGUAUGUCUACCGUGCCAACUCCCAGCCCUCUUCUCCAGCAGCCUGCGGUGUCCAUCCGAAAGAAGAAAAGACGGUCCCGUAGCCAGACUCAACGUAAAAAGGCUAACCAGCGCCGAGUACUCGUGGGGGUCAGUCUUGGAGGUGGUCCAGGAAGCUUCCUACGUCUUCCCCGAAAAGAGGCCGUAGAGAUGGGGUUGAUUCUGAAAGGCGAACAUCACCAUAUCUUUAAUUUUUUAUCCCCCAGCAAAUCCUCUACCCGAAGGGAGGGAGAGAUGUGAGGAAACGAAAUUAAGGACAGCACUGCACGUGGAAAUUAACCUACAGUCCGACACGAAAACGGCAUUGACAGCAAACCAGCUGACACGCUGGGGCCAGAUAACUACCGGCAGAUGGCAGUACUCCCCAAGUAAAUACGAGGACUGCUCCGGAAAUCUUUUAUAUUAUUUUAUUUUGUAUAUAUAUAUUUUUAUUUUCUAUUUAGACAAUACACUUUUACUUUUC